CUGAGGACAGAGGGAACUACUACUGCAAGUCUGAGAAUCAAUAUGGACAGAUCAACUCCUCAUCUCUAUUUAUAGAUGUACAGUAUGGUCCAAAGCUUCUCUCUGUGUCAGUGAGUCCCUCUGCUAAGAUAGUGGAGGGCAGUUCAGUGAAUCUGACCUGUAGCAGUGAUGCUAACCCAGCAGCUAAUUACACCUGAUACAAGGAGAACCAAACACUGCUUCAAGGGCCAGGAGGUAUUCAUCUUUUCAUGCCCAUCAGCUCUACGGACAGAGGGAACUACUACUGCAAGUCUGAGAAUCAAUAUGGACGGAUCAACUCUACUUCUCUAUUUAUAGAUGUCCUGUAUGGUCCACAGCUUCCCUCUGUGUCAGUGAGUCCCUCUGCUGAGAUAGUGGAGGGCAGGUCAGUGACUCUGACCUGUAGCAGUGAUGCUAACCCAGCAGCUAACUACACCUGGUACAAGGAGAACCAAACACUGCUACAAGGACCAGAAGGUAUUUAUCAUUUCACCUCCAUCAGCUCUAAGGACAGCGGGAACUACUACUGCAAGUCUGAGAAUCGACAUGGAUGGAUCAACUCUACAUCUCUAUUUAUAGAUGUCCAGUAUGCUCCAAAGACCUCCUCUGUGUCAGUGAGUCCCUCUGCUGAGAUAGUGGAGGGCAGUUCAGUAACUCUGACCUGUAGCAGUGAUGCUAACCCAGCAGCUAACUACACCUGGUACAAGGAGAAUGAAGACUCACCAAAAGCAUCAGGACAGAUCUUCAUCAUUACUAACUUCAGAGCUGAACACAGUGGGAAUUAUUACUGUGAAGCCCAGAACAGAAGAGGACGUCAGAACUCAACCUUACAUCUGGCUGUUAGGUCUGGAGAAUGGAUAUUAAUAACUGCUGGAACAGUCACUGCCAUUUUAAUAGUUGUCAUACUCAUCGCUGUCUUGCUUGGGAUUAGGAAAAAGAGGGCCCAUAAGCAACCACCUGAGCCUACAGAGGGGCCAGACAGAAGUGCACAGAAACAACCAGCGGAGCCGAAGGAUAACCUUCACUAUGCCAAUGUCCACUUCUCUAAGAAACAAGCAGAUCCUCUCUACUCCAAUAUCAGAACUGCUCUGGACCAAAAACCCAGAAGGGAAAAGGAGGUGGACAGAGUGGAGUACUCUACUGUCAAACUCAAUAGUGGCAGCACUGCCCCAGGAAACAGUAGUCAGGAAACUGAAGUGGAUCCAGCGGCAUUGUACAGCACAGUCAACAACUUCCCCCCGAAACAUGGAUACCAGAAUUUCUAAUCUUCUAAUCAUACGUGGUAAUUAUUUGUUUAGUCUUAAUUCAAGCAGGUAACUACAUUUGAAUUCUUAUUUCU